AUGACAUCAAAAUCCCAGAAAGGAGAAGAGAAGCGAUGGGUGAUGUCCCGUUUUGCUGAAUGUUCAAGUUUGAAUAGUAUUUACAGUGCACCAGUCAGAUUAGUAUUAAGAAGCACUGUUCCUACCACUGAGCACAUGAUCUCUCGCUGUAACAUGCCAAGCGAUCUUGCAGGAGAAUGGAAAACCAAGGGGUCAGGGUUCAAAUUUGAUGUAGUCAUAAAUGAAACAAAUAUCCGUUUCCAAACUGAACCUAACGCAAUCGAGUUCUUGGAUUCAAUAUUCGCUUGUCAGAAAAAAUCUGGUACCAGGUACCUAAUGACACGAGUUAUGGCUGGAGAAUGUGAAGACGUCUAUGUAUGCAUGGAUAUCGUGCCACGAACUAACAACACCCUUAGAUACAGAAUAGGUAAACCAGAGCCAAUUCCGUUGGAUGUCCCCCGGGGAGAAUUAGAAAUUACCAGAAUGUUUAGGAGUGCGUGUUAUUGGUUCGAUCGUGUAGGUAUAAAGGGAAAUCAGGGUUAUGAAAUCCUUAGUCGUAAAGUAAAUAUCAAUUGAUAUUUACCAAAGAAAGGAUUAUUAUAUUUUGAAGCACUACAGAAUGUGUCCAGUGUCCAAUAUAAGUAUGGAAUAAAUGUGUUUUAAAGAAUGUUUA